GCGGGUGCGGGUGGGCGGCAGGCAGGCAGGCGGCAGCGUGUCCCUCCUCCCGCGUGCUCUGCCCUCCUCCUCCUUCCUCGCCCCCCGGGGGGACUAGGCCUAGGCUCGGCUGGACCUGGGCACGGCUGCCUGCUCGGCCCUCUGAAGGGGCAUUGCCCGGGCAUGGCCGCGGCGGGGUUGCGGCUUCUCGGAGCCGUGUGGCUCUCGGCGGCGCUGCUGCUGCGGCUGGGCGCCGCGGCGUCGGCGGCCGUGGCCGUCGUGGAUGGCCGGCGCGCCAUCGCGGCGACGGGGGAGGACUUCGUGUGCGCGACACUGGACUGGUGGCCGCCGGACAAGUGCGACUACGGCACCUGCGCCUGGGGCCGCGCCGGCCUGCUCAACCUGGAUCUCUCCAACAAGGUCUUGCUCAAUGCCGUCAGAGCGUUCUCGCCGCUGAAGCUCCGGCUGGGAGGCUCGCUGCAGGACAAGGUGUUGUACGGCACCGCCGACCUCCGGCAGCCGUGCACGCCGUUCGCCAAGAACGACUCGGAGAUGUUCGGCUUCACUCAGGGAUGCCUGCCCCUGCGCCGGUGGGACGAGCUCAACUCAUUCUUCCAGAAAUCCGGUGCCAAGAUUGUGUUCGGGCUGAACGCAAUGAAUGGUCGGGUCCAGUUGCCGGAUGGAUCUAUGGGAGGGCCAUGGGAUUACACCAAUGCAGCAUCGCUGAUUCAGUAUACUGCAUACAAGGGCUACCAUAUUCAUGGAUGGGAGCUUGGAAAUGAACUUAGUGGUAGUGGAGUUGGAACCCGAAUCGGAGCUGACCAGUAUGCAGCAGAUGUGAUCACCCUGAAAACAAUAGUCGACGACAUAUACCGAAGCAAUCCAUCCAAGUCGCUGGUACUUGCUCCUGGAGGAUUUUUCGACCCAGCCUGGUUUACAGAACUUAUCGUCAAAACCAAGCCAAAUCUAUUGAAUGUGAUCACCCACCACAUCUACAACUUAGGACCAGGAAGGGAUACAAAUCUGAUUGAAAAGAUCCUCAAUCCGUCGGUCCUCGACGGAAUGAUAAGCAUAUUCAGCAAUCUUCAGGGGAUACUGAAAUCCGCAGGGACAUCGACCGUCGCAUGGGUUGGGGAAGCUGGAGGGGCUUACAACAGCGGCCACCACCUUGUCACUGAUGCAUUUGUGUUCAGCUUCUGGUUUUUGGAUCAGCUUGGGAUGUCAGCGAAGUAUGACACAAAGAGCUACUGCAGACAGAGUUUGAUUGGCGGCAACUACGGCCUGCUGAACACCACAACAUUUCAACCGAACCCUGACUAUUACAGUGCUUUACUGUGGCAUCGCCUGAUGGGAACCAAAGUUCUAGCAACAACAUUCAAUGGUACCAACAAGAUCCGCGCUUACGCCCACUGCGCUAGAGAUUCGCCAGGAAUCACUCUACUGCUGAUCAACCUCAGUGGCAACACCAAGACUGAAGUCUCAGUGACAGCUCAUGCCGCCGCCGCCGCCGCCGCUGGUGCGCACAAGCACGUCGCAAGAACGGGCUACACCACGGCCCAGGUCUCAGUGACAAACCAAGCUGCCGGCGGCGGCGGCGGCGGCGGUGAGCACAAGCACGGCGCGAGGAGGCACGGCAGGAAUUUCGGGCACGCCCACACCCCCAGCUUCGCGGCGGUGGCCGACGGCGCCACGAGAGACGAGUACCACCUCACGCCCAAGGGCGGCGACCUGAGGAGCCAGGUGGUGCUGCUGAACGGCAAGGCCCUGGCCACCGGCGCGGACGGGAGCAUCCCCAGGCUGGAGGCGGUGAAGGUGGACGCGGCGCGGCCCAUCGCCGUGGCGCCCUACUCCAUCGUGUUCGCUCGGAUUUCACAUUUCCAUGCCCCGGCAUGUAGUUAGGACUUAGGAGUAGAUGGGGUAGAUCAUAAUAAUGGGGGUGGGUUUGGGGUGAUUGGUGAUGAUGGAUGGACAGCGAAGCUUUCCAUCUGGAAGAUGAAGUGAGAUGCAAGGCACUUGUCGAAAGAAAGGGAUGCAAUGCAAGGGUAUAAUUGUUUUCAUCUCUAUAUUCUUAGAAGAAAAUUGGUAAAGGUUGAAGGAAUUAUGAUGAUCAACAAUGUUAAAGGGGAAAGGCUAUUUUCCAGCGUCACCAGGUUCCUUGAUUGGAUGAAACAGAAUUAUAAAGGGCGGAAAAAAUGAAAAUGAGUUUAAGGGUAGUAUUAAGAAAUUUGUUAAGAGUUCCUAAGUACUUUAUAGAUUUUGCUUUUAUUGUCUAAUGUAAGAUCAUAAGGGCCUUCUUUUUAUCUCAUAAAAGAUCAUAAGUUGAUGUGCACAGAGGUGCAAAUUGGUGAUC